AUGCACAGCUGUGCGGUCCUGCACACCAAUUUCAAUUGGCAAGCGGUCCCACACUCCCCUCAGAGAGGGGAGUGUGGGAUCUUCAAAUACGUGGAACCCAGUCCUCCUAUGACAAACAAGCCCGGCAAGCUGGUCACCACAACAAAUUGGGAUUACGACCUCACUCAAUCCUCAUCCGGACUUUGUAGAGUACUCAUGGGUUUCCUGAUGAUGUGCUUCUUAUAUCUCUACAUGAAGUAUGAUGCCCCAGUCUUCCUUCAAUCGAUCAUGCCACUCAAAACGAUCCAUCUGUUCGGCCACCCCACAACAGGAGACUAUAAGAGGCCAUUCCAAACGUCUGGAUUCAUGGGUGCUGCUACAAAUGCUAAGACGGAUGCCAAGAGCAUCAAAUAG